AUGGGGCGCCCGCUCCUCGCCGCUCCGCCGGGGAUCCCCGCCGCCGCCGCCGCCUUCCUGCUGCUGGCCCUGGCGGCGCUCCUGGCCGCCUCGGAACAACAUCCCAGAUCCCCGAACGCCACUGACAUCCAAGGAGCCCUCUGGAAGGGCAGCCGGCUGCCGGCCACGGCAAAUGGAGAGCCGCCAGGGAAUGACCGCCCAGCGCCUCCGAAGAACGGCGCUUGGCGAGGGGGAAAUGUCUCAGCAGCCGAGGCCUCUUGGCAGGCAGCUGGAGCAAAGGAAUCCCGUCUCGAGGCACCUGCUGUUCUCUCAAGCGGAGGAGGAGGAGGAGGGCAGGCUGCUGCCGCUUCAGACGGCGACCCGGCUGCCAGCAGCCCCCCUGGGGCAGGCAUCACAGUGAGGUACAUUUCUGGGGAGCCGGACGAAGAGUGGAACAAGCCAGGCCCUUGUUUGGGCUGCCCAGGAGGGAUGGAGCGGGAGACGGAGCCCCGGCUGAGCCCACGCCGUGAGGCUGCCGAGGCUCCCAUGGAAGCGCUGUCCGCCGUCACGGGCUUUGCUCAGCCGGUCCAGGGACACGACGGGACCUGGACGCUCUCUGACCUGAAGGGCGCGGCCGAGAGCCCGCCGCCUGCCCCAGAGAGCCAAGAGGAAGCCGGGAGUGGGGACCAGCAGGCCAAGACCUCUUCAGGCCAGGCGGGUUUUGCUGCUUGGACCACGGCCCCUUCCUCCUUCCCAUGGACCGGAGAGAGCAGCUCGGCCCCCAGGCCGGGCCUCGGCCACAGUUCCGCCGAGGCAGACCUUCUGCGUGAGCUGUUUGGGGUCGCGGUGCUACCGACCCCCACGUCGAGCAGCCCCGUCCAGACGCCCGAUGAGGCAGGACGGGUUCCGGACCAGGAUUCAGCCCAGAAGGUGGAGCCUCUGGAGUUGUGGGUGGAUUCCUCCAGCAGCUCUCCGGCAGCUGAAGGGGCACCGGGGCGCACCGACCUGACCUGGCAGACGCCCCAGUCGGCGGUCACGCCCCCAGGCAAGGCCGCCCAGGGCCCCAAGCCCUCCUCGGACCCCCUGGCCUCUGAGAUCAUUGACAUCGAUUACUACGACCUGUUUGACGGGGAGGGGCUGGGGCCCCCCGGCCCAGAUUCUACCAAGAGGAAACCUCCGGACGACAAAGGCAUGUCCUGGUCUCUCCACGACCUCUACGACGACUUCACGCCCUUCGACGAGUCCGACUUCUAUCCCACCACCUCCUUCUACGCGGACGGGGACGAGGAGGAUCUGGAGGAGCCCGAGGAAGAGGAGGAGGAAGAGGAAGAAGAGGAGGAAGAUGGGGCAGGUGGGCUGGCCAGGGACCUGGCAGACGAGAAUGGCUACCGGAUCCCCACUCUGGCUACCCCCAAAAUCCAAACCAUGGUCCAGGAAGCAGAGUCCACGAGUCGCCGCUACCUCAUCCCGCCGUUCAUCAUCUCCGGGGGGAGCGGUGUGGCCACCCCCAGGCCCCAGCCGGCGGCGGAAGCGGGCAGGGACUUGAGCCUGUCUCUGGGCGGCAGCGAGAACGGCACCGAGUGCCGGAGCGGCUACGUGCGGCACAACGCCUCCUGCAAAUCGGUGUGCGACACCUUCCCCAGCUACUGCCACAAUGGGGGGCAGUGCUACCUGGUGGAGAACUUGGGAGCCUUCUGCAGGUGCAACACCCAAGACUACAUCUGGCACAAAGGCAUCCGCUGCGAAUCCAUCAUCACCGACUUCCAGGUGAUGUGCGUGGCCGUGGGCUCCGCCGCCCUGGUGGUCCUGCUCCUCUUCAUGAUGACCGUCUUCUUCGCCAAGAAACUCUACCUGCUCAAAACCGAGAACAACAAGUUGCGGAAGACCAAAUACCGAACUCCUUCCGAACUGCACAACGACAACUUCUCGCUGUCCACAAUUGCCGAGGGCUCCCACCCAAAUGUAAGGAAAUUUUGCGACACCCCGUGUAACCUCUCCCCUCAUGCCCGUGCAUUGGCUUACUAUGAUAACAUUAUCUGUCAGGAUGACCCCAAUGCCCCGCACAAGCUCCAAGACCCCUUGAAGUCCUGCCUCAAAGAAGAGGAGUCCUUUAACAUCCAGAACUCCUUGUCGCCCAAGGUCGACAAUGGGAAAGCAGACCCGGAUGACUCCGAGGUGAAUUGCUUGCAGAACAACCUGACAUGAAGCCGGGGGAAGGAGCCGGC